AUGUUAGAGGUAGCUUUGAAGCAUCGCAAAGCAUUUGAGUUGCUUGCUUUGAAAGAUAAUACCUAUAUAGGAGAGAUGAAUGGAGGAAAAGGGAGAGGUGUUCCUUCUGAUUCAGACUGGGAGUAUGCUGAGUCCAUUGUACCAUUUUUGCGAGUGUUCAGUGAUGCCAUUAUACGUGUUUCUGGUACCUUAUAUGUUACCAGUGAUAUGUAUAUGAAGGAAGUAUUUGCAAUUGGACGAUUUAUUCGUCAUUCUUGUGAUUCUGUUGAUUUUAGUACUAUGUCAAUGGCAGAAAGGAUGAGGGUUAAGUAUGAGAAGUAUUGGGGCAAUCCUGAUUCGGUGAACAUGUUGUUAUUGAUUGCUAUCGUACUUAAUCCAAUGCAAGAGAUUGAGUAUGUCAAUUAUUUCUUGGAUUACUUCUUUGGAGAAGAAAAAGGAGGUGAAUUGAAGUCAAAGUUGUCCAAGUGCAUAAAGUUACUUUAUCAGCAAUACCAAAGUUCUGGGGAAGCAAGUGAAGCUGAUAUGCAAGAAGUUCAAGCUAACAACAUUAAUACCGAUCUUCAUGGCAUGGGCUUUUUUUUGCAAGCAACCGGUCACAGAAAAAAUACAAGAUUUGAACUUGAUAGAUAUUUACAAGAAGAAUGCGAGCCAUACUCCCAUAAGUUCGAUAUACUAAACUGGUGGAAGGUCAACUCAACCCGAUUUCCAAUUCUUGGAAAUAUGGCUCGUGAGGUAUUGGCUAUACCUGUUUCUACGGUAGCUUCGGAGUCUGCAUUUAGUACUGGAGGAAGAGUCCUCGAUCCAUACCGCAGUUCCUUAACACCUAGAAUGGUAGAAGCCUUAGUCUGCACAGGAGAUUGGCUUAAGGAAGAUCUUUUCUCUGCUUUAGAUGAUGAUGGUGAAGUUCUUCAACAAGUUGAUCAAGAUAUAUUUUCCUCUAAUGAUGGUGCUUGUUCUAUGGCGGCAUCAAUUGAUAAUCUUGAUGAUGACUAG